GCUGCAGCUACUGUCCUUCUUUCUGAACUUCAGCGCACAGGGAUCCCUGAAAGAACACAAGACCUGUCAAAAUGAACUUGUCAUACUUGGUGGCGUGUGGACUUAUGGUCACCCUGCUUUCACAGAGGAUGGGGGCAAAACCUUUAAAUCAGGCGCAGCAGAAGUCUCUUAGAAGUUUGCUGGGCGAGGAGCUGGCGGAGUUUCUGGAGUCGGAGGAGAGGGAGAGGCGGCUAGACGCUGUGCGCUCUCGGAUACGGUUACUGCGAGAUUUACGGAUGGACACCCGGGCCAGAGGGAUGUGGGCUCGUCUCCUUAACGACCAACCCGCAACGAGGAGACACAAAUCAGGAAACAAGAAAGGGGGCUCCACGUCACGGAGUGGCUGCUUCGGACACAAGAUGGACAGGAUAGGAACCAUCAGCGGGAUGGGCUGCUAAGGAUCGGAGCAGCGCUGCGAUGCUCUCUGGACGAUGGGUUUGGACAACAAACGUUGCGUUUGUUCUCACCUGGGAAAAAAAAAAA